AUGAGUCUCGCUGGUGUGCGCGAUCCAUAUCGUAAUCGUCAAUACUACGAGGAUCGUUAUGAUUUAUCGUCGGGACAGUCAGUGAUAAGCGCUUCGGCAGCGGCAACAACUGCAGCGAAUCACUCGACCGGUGUUCUGGUGCCGUUAAAGGCUUCAAAUUCCGUGGACAAGAAGAGCCUGUCGAAUUCAGCGCAGGCAGGAGCGCCAGCAGCAGCAGGAGCGCUUUUCCCGACAACUUCUUCGCCGACUAGAAUCACCGUCACUCCCGCUCCGGCUGCAGUUGCCGGAAGUGGCGCCGGAGAACUGGGUCGUCUUAUGAAAACAACAUGGGAUGAUAUCAAGGAACUGCUAGGGUUCAUACCGACUUGCCACAACGGCGGUACUCGAACACCCGGCGCGACCUGCCGUUGUCCUAAGCUAUUCGAGGGCGCUUUAUGCGACAAAAAAAUCUGUCUGAAUGGUGGCAAGUUAGAAAGGGCAAAAUAUGGACCGGUUUCGUGGGACUGCAAAUGUCCAACGCCACAGUAUAUAGAGGGUACUCACUGUGAGACUGUACGAUGUGCGAAUAACGCACCGUUACGUACGGAGACUAACGGUAGCUGGUGGUGUGAUUGUUCGGGUAGUACAUUUUAUUCGGGACGAUUUUGUGAGGAAUUUUCUGCGCCAUAUGCAAUAUUUGCUGUACCGUUGGCUUGUUUAUUGUUAUUCGCAUUGUGUAUAGCCGUCUGCCAAAUGGAUUUGUGCCCUCGACGACGACGAACUUCGCGACAUUUCCGACAUUCAGCUGAAACUGGUCAAGCACAUGUACCACCUCGAACCCGUCGUCGAACACCGGCUGGAGCACAGUCUAGACCUCGACCUGGUCAGGUGCCCCAACGGGCAACUGUCACUCAGGAACUUCUCAUAGCUGAAGAUCGAGCGAUGUGUCGACGAGGUAUGGCUUAUCCGCAAGGUAUUGUCGCACCUUACGUCAUACGACUCGAUACUAUACCUCACUUCAAUCCACAUAUGAUAGGUGGAGUUGAACCAAUACCGCCAGCAAAACCAAUGGAUCCUCCACCAUCCUAUGAACAAGCCGUUUCUGCGCCUCCCGUUCCUCAACCGCCAAGUUAUACAGAAUCAGCGAAUGAGUGUGGUCCACCUCAAACGCCAGCUCCACCACCGCCUUUACCGCCGGUUCAACCGCCACCGCCAAAUCGUUUACCGCCUCCACCUCCAUCAUCGUCUUCCUGA